AUGGCUUCCUUCUCUGCAGAGAUCUGGGGUAAGGCCGGUGCCGACCUACUGAAACAAGCGAAUGACCUGGCGUCAGAUGCCAUGGGCAAGGGUGCGUCUGGCCUUGGCGAGCUCAAAUCCAAAGCUGGUCGCUCCUCUGGCGCCACUCAGGCAGAUGACCGGGGCCUACUGGAGACUUCCGACUUCUAA